AUGAAGCAGCGGCCAUGUCUCCUUACGGAGACCAACAUUCUCUCCCCUAUAGAGACUGACCCAAUCAGCACACAGCGACCACCUAUCCCUGAGGAACCUAUAAUACUUGCUCUACCCAUUCAAUCUGACACCAGUACUACAGGAGAAGCUUCCUGGCCCCUCAAUCAGCAGCCGAUCCCCCUCCGGCAUGGACAACAGCAGCACAAUGCAGGAGGUGGAUAUUUUGGCCUAAACCUGACAUGUCCUAGUAUCAGAAAUCCUGUUAGCAAGAAAACGUGGACACGCAAAUUCAAAAACUGGGCGUGCAAACUGCGCCACUCCGCCAACUUGUUCAAGAAAACCAGAGUCCCGCAAGAUGAAGCAUCAAGCAGUCAGUCUUUAAGUGAAGAGAAGGAGAUGCUCAAUGAGAACUUCCCUGAGAUACGCACUGGACGAUUUCAGGUAAUUGCAGUGCCUCAAUCGGCUCCUCCAAAGGAGGCAACCCUGGACCACAGUAGCACUCUGAGGAAAGUGGGACGUUUUUGUGUCACCCAAGCUGAACCGAUUAAAGAGGAAAAGCAGACGGACAGCUCUCCUGUGUCUCCAGACCUAGAACGAGAGAGGAGGAGAUCUCGAGCUAAAGAGGUUUAUAAAGAAGAGAGUAAGAGGACCCCAGCAAUGUCCCGUUCCCAUAGUCACGCUUACUCACCCCAAGGCAGUAGUGAUGAAGAUGAGAGUGAAGUUGAAGAUGAAGACCUGAGGAAGGAGCUACACAAACUAAGAGAAAAACACAUCAAGGAGGUGGUGUCGCUUCAGGCUCAACAGAACCGGGAGGUGCAGGAGCUUUAUUGUCAACUUCGAUCAAUGAAGGACCAGAGGCAGAGUUUGCCUGUUCCUCUGUCCCAGACUACACUUCUCUCUGCAGCACCUCUAGUUUUAUCCCCACGAAGAUCCCGACCUGCCAAGGUCAAACUCCGUCGACCACACUCCCACAUGGACAACAAUGGAAUCGCACAUUCAGCUAGUGAACAGAGAACACUGGACAACCCAGAGCAGCAUCUCUCCCAAACUACUCAAAGAGAUCAAAGUCCUCUCAGAAAAAGCACAUUUACAGAUGAACUGCACAAGUUGGUUGAUAACUGGACAAAAGAUCCAGUGGGACCUAAUCCUCCCAAACCUUCAUUGAAUCAAAUAAAGCAAAUUCAGCAAGUGCAGGAGUUAGGGGGGUGGAGCCAUUGUACAGAGCCCACUCAAACUGGUUGGUUUCCAGUUUCCCCCUUGAAUCCCCAGGCUUCCCCUGUUCCAGGGACCUUGUCAGUGACAGCCUCCGCUCAAAACCUGUCUGCCCUGCACUCCCUUGGACCAACCCAACAGAUGCAACAAAAUUCAGACACCGUUGCCUUCCCAAAUGCCGACAUCGCCCGUUUCUGCCACAGCUCCUCUGCUAACUGUCAGUGGCACCACCUCAACUGUGGAAACUGCUGCUAUAACCCAAGCCACCUGCUCCGCUGCCUGCUAUACAGCUGCUACUCUGCCUUCUAG